UGCAGCAGUGCUUGUAUACAUUUUUUACUGCACAAACCGAGUGUGCAGUACAUUUUGACGAUCGUCAAAACUCAAAAUAGUCAGCUGUCAGUUCUCCGGAUAAAAACUUUAUCUUCACAGAUUGGGGAAAAUGUUAAAUUAAAAUGACGUGACGUCUUCGUGACAAGAUGGAUAUUUCCCUCUUUCUUCUGGUCAUUCUUUUGGCCACACCAAGUCCAUCUUUGAGCGAACCAUCUGGAAAAUUGGGAUGUCGCUUCAGUCCAGUAUGCGACCAAGAUGAAGUGUGUGCGGAAGAUAAGUUAUUUGGGACAUGCACUCAGCGUGUAGCCAACUACUUGCCAUCUUACGCUCUGGAUCCUACUGGUUUGAAGAGACUCAAAGCUACGGUGCAGUAUCUACUGGAUCAGGGCUUUGCUUGGGAGGACCAAUAUGCUCAGGAUUCCCUUCAAGAUGUUCUCUAUCCCUACAAACACAACAUCAUCCCUCUCAACUCUGACCCCCGACCCCCGGGUAAUCCUCAAAAACCCUCCAUGACAGACGAGGAGCAGCAAGUAUGGUCCAACGUCGACGAACUCGCCCAAGCUUACCAAGCCGUCGUCGACGAGUACAAACAACGCUACGAUGUCUACAAUGAACUCAUCAACCAGUACGGGCUGGGCGGGGAUGAGUUUGACGAGUACGGUGUCGCGAUACGAGAGAAAUACUUGGAGCUUAUCCAGACUCUGAAGGACGAAGAAAGGGAGAGUCUGCAGAAGUUAUACGACCUCUACUAUGACAAGUAUCUAUCAUUGCUGAAGAUGUAUAGCGGGCCGGAUGAAGGCAUGAAGAUUGGAGUGAACAAUCUUGAAGAUGCGGGAGAAGAUGGAGAUGACUGGGAAGGAAUGUAUAAGAUGCAACAACUUAAGGAAUAUCUACAGCUUCUUCACAAUGAGAAUCAAGAUGAUCUUGCACCAUCAGAUGAAGGUUCUGAGGACUUGAUGCAGUCAACCUUCUCCUACCAGGAGAAUUGGAAUGAUGAGUUCCUCAAUGAGAUACUUACUGAGGAUGCAGUGCCAGAAGAGGAGGAAGUGGGUGAGGAGGUACAGGAUGAAGGAGCAGAAGAGAAAGAAGACAUCGUGGAUGUCAUCUUAGACAGCCUUGAUGGGAACUACUGGAACUCCCUACCAGAGGAAGAGAAAGACAGAGUGAUGGAUGAGUUCUUCAAGUUGUACUUCAAGGAGGCGGACAUCUCGGAGGAAGAGCAAGAAGAAGGAGAUGUGAAGGAGAAGAAGGGAGGAGAGGCGGAUCAGGAGGAGGCUGCAGAGGCUAAAGGUAAAGGAGUGGGUGAGCCAGGACAAGAGUUCGUUGAACCCUUGAAGCAGCCCAAGGAAUCAGGGGUCAACGUGCCUGUUGACCUCGCCAAGAAGGAUGAUGUUGCCACGGCAAUACCAGAGCUUUCUGGGAAGGACAAGACCCCAGCGGUUCUGACCACCUUGAAGCCGACGACGUUUGCUCCAAGCGGAUAUGUCUUCAUUGCUCUUCAGUCUGGGGUGAGUCUUGGGGAAGCUGAGAUGCUUGUUGAGGAGUUGGCCAACGCACUGGAUGCCCCUCUAGGAUCAUUCACUGAUAUUGAAGCUGGGAAGAAGCAGGUUACAUUCAAAGUUCAUCCUGACUUGAUUAAGAUGACCCCAGCAGAGGUCGCUGGAGCUGCAGCCACCCAUCAGACAGACCUGGAAGAUAUGAUGGGAGUUACCAUUACGGAGACGGGGGUCGGCAAACAGGAUGAAGUCAGGAUAUCAGACCUAGACGGAGAAUCUUCAUCUUACAGCCGGCUUUGGGGCUGA